AUGUCUUCAAUAUGGCUGCUUGUUCAGGAGUACGUUGCUAUCGUUGGCAUUCUCUGGAAAGCGAGAGAAGGCUAUCCUCUGUUGGAACUCCCGUCGCUUCAGGCCUGGUGGUCACACAAGUAUGGUUGGGUUGAACUGACAGGCGUGUCUAUCGACUCGAUCCAGGACAGCUGGCCUUGGUUUUGCCUUCACACCUUUCUUUACGUCGGCCAACUAAUCCCCUUCACUGUCAUUGUGCUUUGCGAAGCAUCACAGCCCCUACGAACCGUCGCCGCGCUGGCCGUUAGCUCAUGCUUUUGCGGCUUUGCAGCAGCCAUGCCUCUCGUUUCCCUGUGGAUACUUGGGGGCAGACAACAUAAGCAAAGCCAGCAGUGGACAUCGGAGAGAAGGCGACUCUUUUUGUCGUCGAUGUUGUAUCUUUCUGCUGCUACCCACCUGGGUGCCUUCUUCGUGGCUCUGAUGGCCACUUGGGCUCCCGCAUUAAUGGGCUCUUACGCUGCGCCGCUGCAUGUCAUGAAUAGCCUGGCUGGUGUGCCACGCACAGCCCAUGGUAUCUCUGCCGCUGCCAUACGGGAGGCCCGGCUGAGGCAGAUCAAUGAGAUGACAGGCACAUCGAGCGGCUUUUUCAUGACGGCUGGCCUUCUCGGCCGCACCCUGGAGUCUCGUGGCAGGCGCAUGACUCUACGACUGCUGACUUGGAUGUUCCUCGUCAGCUUGGUCGCUGGACCGGCCGCUGGAGGCGCUGCCGUUAUCCUCCUUCGAGACUUCAUGGAACGAAAACUCGGAUGA